CUCACGAAAAGACCGGUUUUUCAUUAUAUUCGAAGGCCCUCAUUUCCCUCCCUUUGUGAAAUCUCUCUCUUAUAUAGAUGAGAAAUACUUUUGCUCGAUACUAGAGAGAGAGAGAGAGAGAAGGUUUUCUCCUUACGCUUGUCCUCCUCCUCCUCCUCCUCCUCAUUAUUUACUAGGAAACCUGUGAGUAAUUUCACGGCAUUCUCUAAUUCUCUUUCUUCCAUUCCCAAAUAUCUUUAAUGUGUAGGAAGAUGGCAUCAGGUGAUUCAGACAUAGAAGCAUUGAAGGACUUGCCAGAUGUUAGCAUUCUAGAGAAUCCUUCAUUCAGGGAUUCUCUUGAUUUGGAAGGAUUAGAUGCUAAAGAACCAAGAUCUUGGACCAUAAAAAACUUGUCUUCAACAGCGAAUAGCAUUCAUGAGUUGUUGGAAUGUCCAGUGUGCAUGAGCUUUAUGUUCCCACCUAUACACCAAUGUCCAAAUGGUCACACUCUGUGUUCUGGUUGCAAGGCACGAGUUCAGAAUCGCUGCCCCUCAUGCCGAUAUGACCUUGGGAAUAUCAGAUGCUUGGCUCUAGAGAAGGUGGCAGCUUCCCUGGAAUUGCCGUGCAAGAACCGCAAUCUUGGUUGCCCUGAGGUCCUUCCCUAUCAUAGCAAGCUCAAGCAUGAAUCUCAAUGCACUUAUAGACUCCUCUCAUGCCCUUAUGCUGGUUCUGAGUGUACUGUGGUAGGUGAUGUUCCAUUCUUGGUGGCCCAUUUGAGGGAUGAUCACAAAGUAGAUAUGCAUAACGGCUCCACCUUCAACCAUCGGUAUGUUAAGUCAAACCCCCAUGAGGUGGAGAAUGCUAUCUGGAUGUUGACCGUAUUUAAUUGUUUUGGGCACUACUUCUGCCUGCAUUUUGAAGCUUUUAUGUUGGGAACGUUCCCUGUCUACAUUGCUUUCCUUCGAUUCAUGGGAGAAGAUGAUGAGGCCAAGGACUUCAGGUACGUUUUAGAGGUCGGUCACAAUGGGAGGAAGCUAAUAUGGCAAGGAGUCCCUAGAAGCAUCAGAGACAGUCACAGGAAGGUUAGAGAUAGCCAUGAUGGGUUAAUUAUUCAAAGGAACAUGGCUCUGCUUUUUUCAGGAGAUAGAAAAGAAUUGAAGCUGAGGCUCACAGGGAAGAUAUGGAAAGAGCAGGCUAAUGUUCAACCACAAGAUUAAUUCCAAAGAAGAGAGCAACAAUAUAUAUAACCCAUCACUCCUAUUAAAUGGGAAGCAAAAGAAAAACUAUAAAACCCAUCCUCCGAAUGUUGUAUGGAAGAAGAGAAACAGAAAGCCCAAAGAUCAUUAUGGUAGGCUCUUUGUUUUUAAUCAUAAAAGCUGCUGGACAAUUUAUUCUCCUGUGCAGAACAUUUAUGAAAUUUCCUCUCAGAAGCUGUGGUUAUUCCUGAGCUCGAGGUGUGAUUUGAAAGCCUGGAAUUUUGUAUUUACUUCACUUCUUUGUGUCUGUGUGCCUUGUGAACCAAUUCUCUGUGAACAAGUUUUGAAGCAUUCUGGAUGUUGCUUGGAAUUUGUUUAUAAUACCUGUCAUUUUUUCGUGGCUA